ACUGAACAUGGUGCAGCUUUCUCCAUCCCCAGCCCAAGAUGUCUCGCCUUCACCUGAGUGCUCUGAGAAGGGGAGGCAGGGGAGCCCCAAGAUUGGCUCCCCUGGUGGACUGAGUCCUCUCCAGCUGGCCCUGGCAGCCUCCACCACCAUUUACCAGGGCUACGAGAGUUACAUCGAGGACGGCCUCAUCUGCCUCAAGCACAAGAUCCGCAACCUGGAGAAAAAGAAGAUUAAAUUGGAAGACUACAGGAAGCGUUUGAAACACGGGGAAUCACUCAAUCAAGACCAGAUAGAUGCAGUGGAGAAGUAUGACGAAGUGAUCCACAACCUGCAGUUUGCCCAGGAGCUGCACAAGACCCUUGGUGGCCUAACACAGGAACUGCUAAAGGCCCAGAAGAAGGCGUUGAGGAAGGAGCAGAUGGUCAAGCAGGAGGUUGAGAGGAGAAGGCUGUGCAUAGUGCUGCAGGUUAAGUUCCUCCUGCAGACCCUGCUGCAGCACGAGCACAUCAGGAAGGACCUCCUCUCUGCCCGCAACCCCCAGCUCAAGGUUGCAGAGCUACAUAGCCUGCUUGAGCUUGCUGAACUACUGGGGGUGAAGAGGGACAACAAUGUGAGUUUGGAGGAUCAGAUGGACAGAGCAGCCCUGGUCUACCUGGACCUGCUGGAGGGGAAAAAUAAAGCUGUAGCCGGAACCACCUACAAGGUCCUGAAGGCUAAGUUGGCGACGCUGAUGGAUUGUGGGUACUUUGAUUGUCUACCGCCACCACCGAGCAAGAGUCCCAAGGAAGUGGAGGUUCCCAUGACAAAGACGGUGUCUGAAACAGCCAGCCUCUCUACCCUAAUGAUGUCAAACAAAAAAGACGUGCCUAGCAGAGAGUUUCUUAACAGACACUACCUGCCUGACACAGACCCCAAUGGGUGUCGAGACGCUCCCGUUACUCCGAACUGGAAGGCUGAGUUCCAGGCUAUGAAAGAACAGGAGCCACCGGACUCAUGGGAUAUGGAGUCCGACUCCACUCAGCCUGUAAUCCAGAAACCAUGGAGAGGGGCGGCUGUGUUAAUCUCCAAAGUUCCAGUUACCUCCAAGAAACAAAAUGCCGAACCCAAACAGAGAAGAGUGAAGUCCAAAAGUGAGCGGGACGCCACAGCUGCACUUCGUAUGGACACUCCUGUGGAGGUGUUCAACUCCCAGUCUUCCUUGCCCAAGGACCCCAUCCUGCGCAAACAGCAGCUGGAGGACCUGAUGACCAAGAUCAGAGGCUCCUUCAGCUUCAUGCAGGAUUCUCUUCUGGAUGGAGAAGGAUCACCCACUAACGGCCAUCCUAGACUGGGCCGGCAUACCUCUGGAUCCCCCUCUCCACUCGUACAGAGAGAUUCGAGGAGAAGCCCAGUGGACCUUCUCCCCAAAACACUGCAUUCCACUCCAUUGCUUUCUAAACUCCUCCCUGUUGAUGACGAACCCAGUCUGACCAAUGGAGACGGGGGUUGUCUAGAGAGCUGUGACCUGGACCUGACUACAGAGGACCUGGCUCACGUCAUAGCCAUUGAUCCAUGUCUGCUGCUGUCUGAGAGUGAGACUGCCUGCCUCUCUCCUCCAGCUCCUCCUCCCCUCUACCGUAGGGAGUCCUCCAUCUCCAUCACCCUGGACGAGAAGACAUCUGCUCGGACUCCCAUCUCUGAAUCCGGUAAGCAAUCUCCCUGUAACGGGGUGGUGCCUCCUUGUACCCCCACCCAAGGGCAGCCCUUUUCAACCCCUCCCAGCAGACGUACACUCACCAUGGCGCCCCCUGUUCCCUUCCAGACCAUGCAUUCGGUCUUCAAGGUGAACGCCCCCUUACUUCCGACUGUAGACUUUAAAUCCGAUAUUAUCCCCUAUUCGGACUCCAACGGCCUGUGCUAUGUCACCACCAGCACCCAGACCCCACCGGAGUUUGCUCCGUCGGAGGACGAACAACUACAGUCGGUGAACCAGUCUGAAUGUCUGGUAGGUAGUGGUGGGCAGAUCUUCCUGUCCCCUGGCCAAUCGGGUGGCACCAUGGGCCGUUCUGACCAAUCAUACUACAGAGGAUCUGUUAGAGGUAUUGCACGUGGUGGCAAGGGGCUGGCACACUCCUACUUUCGCUCUUCUGGUGGGCACAGAGGAGGAAGCUUCAUCCCCCAGGCUCACCUGUACGGAGCUCGGGACAUUGGCUACCAACACAGCUACAGGCGCGGUGGUGGCAAUACAGGACAAAGGCACAAUAAUAGUGGUUGGAGUGACUCUUCCCAGGUGAGCAGCCCAGACCGGGAGGGCAACUACUCCCUGGUGGACUCCGCCCACGGUGACUCGCUGCAGGGUGUUGGCAUGGACCUCACCACCCAGGUGACCCCUCAUGCCCCCCACACCCUGAUGCACGUACCCAUGUACCCGCUCCACCAGCAUCCCCAGCCCCUCCGUGUGGCCUUCACAGCAGCCCGCACAGCCAACUACACCCCGGGCACCCUGGACCAGCCCAUUGCCUUUGACCAGCUCCACAGCAACCUGGGGGAAAUGUUCAACACCAACGUGGGUCGUUUCACCUGCCCAGCCAAUGGCACCUACGUCUUCCUCUUCCACAUCCUCAAGCUGGCGGUCAACGUGCCGCUCUACGUCAACCUCAUGCGCAACGACGAGGUGAUGGUGUCUGCGUACGCCAACGACGGGGCUCCGGACCACGAGACGGCCAGCAACCACUCCAUCCUGCAGCUGUACCAGGGAGACCAGGUGUGGCUGCGGCUGCACCGCGGCUCCAUCUAUGGCAGCAGCUGGAAGUACAGCACAUUCUCUGGCUUCCUGCUCUACCAGGACUGAGCUAUUGGCCUCAUGAGCCAACAUGGAGGAUACAGGUGGAGGAGAGACUAUUGCUUUGCACUAAAAAGGGGAAACUGACAUUUUCCAUUUCAUGUGGCAGACUGCAUAUCCACCCAGUGCUGGGUUCAUUGCCUACCCCAGUCCUGGAGUGUAUGGGGUGUGUUCAUUGUUCAAACCUUUCAGGAUCACCCUUUUGUUUACCCUGAAAAUUGCAACCACUAACUACAUCC